AUGCACAAUCUAAUGAAUUGUUAUUAACAUAAUUCUUAAACUACUCAUAUUUGCAAUAAACUUGAUUGUAAAUAUAAAUUAGCAUGCAAUUCAUGUGUUAAUUAAUAACAUAUUGGUCAUGUAGAUACCAAUAUUACACCACUUUCAAAAUUUGUUGAUCGGAUGUUAUAUGAAUUUUAAAAGUAAUCAUUAAUCUUAAAUAAGAUCAGAAGUCGAUCGCUUAAAACGAAUUUAUUUCAAAGAAGAUAUCACUUAACAUAUUAAAAAGGAAUUUCAAUAUUUAAGAGAUAAAACUAAUCAGAUACUCAAUUAAAGAGAAUCUAAAUUAUUUUCACUUAUUGAUAAUUAAUGGAUUCAUAGCAAAUAAUUAAAGAACAUCAUUGAUCAUAUUGAAAUGAUGAAGGAUGGUAAAGUAUAUGAAGAAGGAUUAUAAUUAGUUUUACCAAUAUUGCAUUAAGGAUCAUAAGACGUAAUUAACAAAUAUGAAAAAGAUAAAAUUAGAAUUGUCACUAAAGUUAGAGAAUAAAUCAAUUAAAUUAAAACUGUUUUGGAUGGUUUAUUUUAUAUUGGAAAUUAGUAUUAAUUAGAUCAAUAGUAAAUCAAGUUAGAAAAUAUCUUGAAAUUAGAAAAUUCUCUUAAAUCAAGUGAAGAUCGAUUAUUUUAGAGUGCAAUCCAUCUAUCAAAUCCUAAAGAGUAUCAUGUUUCUAAACCCUAUGGAACAUAUUAAGAAUUUGUCGAUGGUUUAUAUCCUGAAAAAUAAUAAGAAUAUAUUCAAUCAAUAGAUUAUACUUCAUUACUAGCUAAACCAACUAAAUUUGAUAAUACAUAAUUAUAAUUUGAAAAAACUGAAAAUUUUUAAUUGUAUGGAGUAAUUGAUCAUACAAGUUAUGUAAUUUCAAGUAUAAGAAUGAAAAAUGGUUAGAUAGUAACAUGUUCAAAAGUAGUUUCAUUUUUUGAGUAUCCUAGUUUAAAAUUAUAGUAAUAGUUAGGGAAUAAUUAAAAUAUAAAACAAGUAGUUGAAAUAACGUAAAGCCUAUUAGCUUUAUUGACUUAGAAUUAAGUAUUGAUGUAUGAGAAGAGAAAAGAUAAGUGGAUUCCGAAAGGAGAAUUCAUAACACCGAAUGUAGGUAUAAUAAAUAAAAUAAGUUUGAUGAAUGAUUUAUUUUUAAUAUUAGUUCAAACUCAAUUAAUAGUUUAUAAAUUGAAAUAGCAAAUAAUAGCAGAUCAACCUAUAGAAUAUUUAUUUAUAAAUUUGACUCCUUAAAUAUAUAUGCAUAAAUAUGAUUGUUGCAGUUUUGCAAUAUUUGAGAAUAGAUUAUAUUCAGCAGAUUUGGGUGGUAGACUUUAUUAAUGGAGAUUGGGGAAUGUAUUUCAUGUAGACAAUGUUAUCCAAUCCAGUAAUAAUGAAAUAAUAGGAAUAAUACCUAUGCAUGAUAGUAGAGUAACAACAAUAGGAACAGACGGAGUGAUUAGAUUAUGGGAUAGUUCAUUAUAAUUGGUAACAACAAUAAAACAUAGAAGUUAAUUUACAGCUUCAGUAGAAGGAAAAGAAUUAGAUACAUUUUAUACUGGCGAUGUUUCAGGAAGUAAUUAAUCUUUUAAAUUAUAGAGAUUUAGAAAUGGAGAGUAACAGUUUUGAUUGAAUCACUUAUUGAAUUAGAUGCACAUAAUGAUUAGAUUACAGAUUUAUAAUUUAGUUAAUACUUAAUUAGUUGUUCUGCAGAUAAGAAAGUAAAGAUUUGGAUUACAUAUAAAUGA